GACAAUUCAGAAGUGCUGUUUCCCGCCAACAACAAACAGUUUUACAAAUAUCACUACACAUUUAACACGAAUUGAAUUUGUUUUCAUUAGUCGGUUCGUUUCAAAUCAAUUUCUUUGGAAUUUGUAGAUAGGCGAAUCCAAGUAAAAUGGUGGAUAAAAUUCAAGAUCUCAAUUUACCAGCCACGGUUGUAACUCGACUAAUUAAGGAUGCUUUGCCCGAUGGAAUUAAUGUUGGAAAAGAGGCACGAUCCGCAAUUGCUAGAGCUGCAUCUAUUUUCAUAAUUUAUUUGACAUCGUCAACAGCAGCUGCCGCACGGAAACAAAAGCACAAAUCAUUGUCAUCGGAUAAUGUGUUUGCGGCACUGGAAGAGAUUGAAUUUGAAAAUUUUAUUGAUCCACUGCGCGAAGCACUCGAUUCAUUCCGAAAAACAAUCAAAGAGAAGAAAUCUAGUAAAACCAAUGAUAGUAAAACAAAUAAUGAUGCCAAUACCGAAGAAGAAAUGGAUGAAGUGAACGGUUCAACGGCACAUGAUGAAUCAAGUCUUCAAGAACCAAGCGAUGGCACAGAAAACGAAGAGUAAACAUUCAUAAAUGAUUUCAAAAAAAAAAAAACAUCUAUUUAAUUUUGUACAACAAUUUCUGUUCCAUUUAAAAUCUAACAAAAUACAUAGCGAAUUGUCAACAAAGCGUUCUCGAAUAAAAAUUUAACAGUUCUUUUCUAUCAACUA